CGCCCACCCGGCCGCGAGGAGGCGGACCCACUCGCAGCGCCGCGCGCGCGCCGGGGCUGAGCCUUGCAAACAAGUGUCUGUGGCAGUGUCCCCGUGGCCCUCCGGCGGCCCUCCUCGCGCUAGGGUUGGCUCUUCUGAGCAGAAGGAAGCGAGGGAGCCCCCACGGCCGCGCAGCCCUCGAGCCACCGCCGCCGCCACCCUCGGCCCGGAGCCCCGCACGGGGGGCCGGGGACUCGGCUCGGUUGCGAGGCGCGCGGACGCGGGGUCGCGGCGCGAGCAGCUCCCGGGCUCUCGCCGAGCCGCUCCUGACAGAAUAACGUGCGUGGCUGUCCCCACCCCUGGGAGGGGUUGCCGGUGCCGCGAGCUGCCGCCCAGUUUGCAGAGCUCUCUCCAGGGAGGAUCCGCCACCGGGAGGAAGGAGUAGAAUAAACCUGGCCGAGGCGCAGAAGUGGCUCCUGAGAAAGCCGGCGCAGGGGCCGCCGCCUCGUGUCCCCUCGAGCCGCAGCGCUCCGGGGUCAGCGGGCCGGAGGCGAGGCGCAGACCGGCGGCCGGGGACGGCGGGGCCGUGCGCGCGGCCGGGCGAAGAGGCGUGCGCACCGAGACCCCGGGGGCGGCCGGGCGGCCCCCCGCGCCCGGCGGAGCCCGGGAGCCCCGGGACGCGGGCUGGAAUCCAUCGAGGACAGCUGUCGCGGGCUGCGGGCUAACACCGUCCUUCCCGAAAGCGGAUUCUGCUAUGACAGUUGGGCUCCCCAAGGGGUUAACCUGGGUGUCCUCGGCAAAGUUGUCGCCGAGCCGGGAGCCCGUGUAGGGGCCGCGGCGCCGCGGCUCGGGGGGUGGCCGUGGCUCGGCGGGGCCCGCGCGGCCGGGGGGCUUCUGGGGGUGUGCGCCCCCAGCCGGCUGCCCUCGUGGAUGCCUCCCGGCGGCGGCGGGCCCAUGAAAGACUGCGAGUACAGUCAGAUCAGCACCCACAGCUCCUCCCCCAUGGAGUCGCCCCACAAGAAGAAAAUCGCGGCCCGGAGGAAAUGGGAGGUAUUCCCGGGAAGAAACAAGUUCUUUUGCAACGGGAGGAUCAUGAUGGCCCGGCAGACCGGCGUCUUCUACCUGACGCUCAUCCUCAUCCUGGUCACUAGUGGACUCUUCUUCGCCUUCGACUGUCCAUACCUAGCAGUGAAGAUCACUCCCGCCAUCCCUGUGGUCGGUGGCAUCCUGUUCUUCUUUGUGAUGGGGACCCUGCUUCGCACCAGCUUCAGUGACCCAGGAGUCCUCCCACGAGCCACACCUGAUGAAGCCGCUGACCUGGAAAGGCAAAUAGAUAUUGCUAAUGGCACCAGUUCAGGGGGGUACCGCCCACCUCCCAGAACCAAAGAAGUCAUCAUCAAUGGCCAGACUGUGAAACUUAAGUAUUGUUUCACCUGCAAGAUUUUCCGGCCCCCUCGCGCCUCCCACUGCAGCCUGUGCGAUAACUGCGUAGAACGGUUUGAUCACCACUGUCCCUGGGUAGGCAACUGUGUGGGGAAAAGAAACUACAGAUUUUUUUAUAUGUUUAUUUUAUCCCUGUCUUUUCUGACAGUCUUUAUAUUUGCAUUCGUUAUCACCCACGUCAUUCUUCGUUCACAGCAAACAGGAUUCCUCAAUGCCCUUAAGGACAGUCCUGCGAGCGUGCUGGAGGCUGUGGUGUGCUUCUUCUCCGUCUGGUCCAUCGUUGGCCUCUCAGGUUUCCACACGUACUUGAUCAGCUCCAACCAGACAACAAAUGAAGAUAUUAAAGGAUCUUGGUCAAAUAAAAGAGGUAAAGAAAAUUACAAUCCCUACAGCUAUGGAAAUAUCUUUACGAAUUGCUGUGCUGCCCUGUGUGGGCCCAUCUCUCCAAGCCUAAUCGACAGAAGAGGGUAUAUUCAGCCUGACACUCCACAGCCAGCAGCGCCCUCCAACGGGAUCACUAUGUACGGGGCCACACAGUCGCAGAGUGACAUGUGCGACCAAGACCAGUGCAUCCAGAGCACCAAAUUCGUUUUGCAGGCCGCAGCCACACCCCUGCUGCAGAGCGAGCCCAGCCUCACCAGUGACGAGCUGCACCUGCCCGGGAAGCCAGGCCUGGGCACGCCAUGCACCAGCCUGACACUGGGCCAGCCUACACCUCCCUCCUCCAUGCCCAACCUCACCACUGAGACCACACUCUCCAAUCUUCUGCCUUUGAAGGACGAGCAUGGGGGCCACCAGUUCCUGACCCCGGAUGAGGCGCCAUCACCCCCUCGGUUGCUGGCAGGAAGCCCCCUGACACACAGCCGCACAAUGCACGUGCUGGGCCUGGCCAGCCAGGACUCUCUGCACGAAGACUCUGUGCGUGGGUUGGUAAAGCUCAGCUCCGUGUGACCUGUGUGGCCAGCCCUGGGACCACAGGGCUCAUCCACUGGUGGUGGGAGCAAGCAGAGGCUGUCCUGCAGCUGGAGAUGACAGCCCUGGACCCCGGGCAGAGACCUCUUAGAAAGCAAAUGGAAGCCAGUGUGGAGGUAAAAGGCCGGCAGACACCACAUGCUCAGAGCUUGGUUUUAUUUGAAUUUUCUUCUCCACCCUGAGCACUUGGACAAAAAAAUGAAUAUAGUGACGUGGCUAUU